AUGUCCUUUCUUCGUAGCCGCGGACUGCGGACCACCCUCGUUUCACUUGCGUUAACCACAUCAGCAGGCGUAGGCGCGUGCUUUGUUGGUCUUCAGCAAUGGACCAAGCCGACAUACUUUGAGGCGUUUGACUGUAGAUCCCACCCUGUGCUGCAUCACCCGAGCCUGGAGCCUCUGCGUCUCGCGGGAAAGCCCCGGUUCGGCGACAGUUGUGUCCGGGAGGUUGCUUUCCAGGACAUCGAGCCCGAAUUGCUGCAAAACGGGCUUUCUGGAGGGACAGCCUUGUUAGAGCAGUUCGCUGGGGGAGUGUUUGGUCGAUACGCAUUUCGGAUUCAGCGCAAUCUCAUGAAGAAGUUCCGCAAGAGCGAUGCGAACUCGACCGACUUGUGGGAGGAAGAGCAAAUCAGCGACAGCAAUUUCAACAUCGGCACCAUUAUUGCCGAUGAUUUUAUUGUGCGAGACAAAUCAUCAACCUCGAUCAUGUUGCAGGGAGGGACAUCACCCCGAUAUUCGCCGGAUGAGCCUCACGAAAUGGACACCAUCGUCAUCCUGCGAGUCAACCUGGACCGAGAACGACAAUUGGCGGAGUUCAGGCUCGAAUGCAUCGUGGCGACCAACGACAUCACGGCAGACGACCGUCCAGCACUGGGCACCGCUGAAAUCUUCUUGCACCAAUGCUACUCAAAACUACUGCUGACAGCAGGUUCAGACUCUUGCAUUUCAUAG